GGACGAUUGGAGUGGGGAUUGGCAAGCGUCGAGCGGUGAAGAGCGGUUCGGUGGGGGCGAGAGCGGGGAGAAUGCGAUCGAAACGUAUCAGAUCGACGAUUUGAUGAGGNGUUUUAUUGGGGGUUUUGAAGUUUAUUUGAGGAAUUUUGUGGAGGGGGGUGAAGUGAAGGUUGUGGUAUUUUUUAUGGUUGAGCGUGGCGUAGAUGGUGUGUAG